GCCUGGGUGGCCAAGGGCGCCAAAGAAGCUGCCUCUCCUUUGCUGGAGCCAGCACCUUUGGGCGGGACAAAGAGCCCCCGCCGCAGCUCAGCCAGGCAAGGACCACCGGCGCCCAGCUCUCUGCAGUCAGCUUCCUGAGGCCUCCGGCUGGGGUCAUGGCCAGGACUGCUCUGGACCCUGCUCUCGGGAGCACAUCCCUGUCCACCUGACUACCCUGUAUCCUCCGCAUCGCUCGCUGCUGGGUUUCCUGGCAGUACCUUCACUCCACCCUCUACCAGGUCCACCCAUCUGUCCUACAGAGCUGCUUGGGGCCACCGGCUUGGAUGGACGCGCUGAGGCUGCCGCGGCGUCCAGGGGUCUUGCUUCCGAAGUUGGUCCUGCUCUUUGUCUACACAGAGGAUUGCCUUGCUCAGUGUGGCAAAGACUGCAGAUCUUACUGCUGUGAUGGAAGCACACCCUACUGCUGCUCCUACUACGCCUAUAUUGGGAACAUUCUCUCGGGCACUGCAAUUGCCGGGAUCGUGUUUGGAAUCGUGUUCAUCAUGGGGGUCAUUGCGGGGAUCGCCAUAUGCGUCUGCAUGUGCGUGAAGAAUAACCGGGGGACCCGGGUCGGUGUCCUCAGAACUGCCCACGUCAAUGCCAUCUCUUAUCCUGUGACACCACCGCCCUACACUUACGACCACGAGAUGGAAUAUUGUGCAGACUUGCCUCCACCCUAUUCUCCAACCCCACAAGCUUCGGCCCAGCGCUCCCCACCCCCUCCUUAUCCUGGAAAUUCAAGGAAACAUUCCCCUCUCACAACAGAAUGUGCGCCAAUUAGCAAUUUCACCCAGGACGAAAUGCCUUAAUUUAGAAACAUGCAAACAAUGAUUGUCUAGUGGUUAAGGAUGGAUAAAUAUCUCAGGCAGAAUGUCUACGUGGGGACCAUGAUUCCUACCCUGCUCGGAGCUGACCUUAGGUGGAGAAUUAUGCUUGGUUCUCUGAAGUCACAGAGUAAGGGAUCUACUGCUCCACUCAAACACAGUCCUAUUAAAGCGAUCCACUUGGCAGGCCAUCUGAUAUUGAUGCUGCUUUAGGAAAUUUCAAUAUUGAACCUGGAAUAAAGAAGAACAGAGGAUAGUCUGGUCUACAUCCGGAAACAGGUGUGUUCCAUAUAGCUUUAGGAGAACUAGAAUUGUUCAUUAUUUCAUUUGUCUGCAGAUAUGUAUUCAGUGCCUUAGAAUCUAUUCUGUACCUGGCACCAUUGGAGGUGAUGGAUGGAAGGAACAAGAAGGGAACUUUGGUUUGUGCACAGGCAUACCUCAUCUUGUUGCACUUUGUCCUUUUGCAUUUUUCAAGUGUUGUGUUUGUUUUGUUUUGUUUUGUUUUAUAACAUGAAGGUUUGUGGUAACCUUGCACCAAACAGUAUCACUCACCCAGCAGUAGGAACUCACUUCUUACCUUUGUAUCACAUUUUGGUAAUUCUCACAAGAUUUCAAAUGUUUUCAUUGUUGCCAUUAUUGUGUCUGCUGUGGUGAUCUGUGAUCAGUUACAGUUGAUACUGUUAUAGUAGUCUUCUAUUUUGUUUUGAACUCUGUCCCUAUAAGAUAGUGAGCUUAGCACAUUGAUAAAUAAUGUGUGUGCUGUGUCUGUUACACUGGAAAGCUCCUCCCCCUCCCUUUUCUGGGAACAGUAUAGAAAUUAGGCCAAUUAGUAAGCCAACAAUGACCUCUAACUUUUGAAACUAAAAGAAGAAUAACACAUCUCUUGCUUAAUAAGCUGGAAAUAAUUCAUCUUGGUGAAAAAGGCUUGUUCAAAUCUAGGAUAGGCUGAAAGGCUGGCCUCUAUACCAGUUUAUACACUAAUGGGGAUUACUUGAAGGAUUACUAAAAGUGUCUCUCUCCAAGCACAUGAAAAGAAAGGAAAGAAAGAGAAAGGUGACUCAUUGUUUAUAAGGAGGAUUCUUUAGUGGUCUGGGUCAAAGUAACCAACUUCCCUUAAGUCAUAAAGCUUAAUCCAGAGCUAGGACCUAACUGCCUUCAUCCUACAAAGGCUGGCAGAGGUGAAAACACUGUAAGAGAUUUGAAGGUAGCAGAGAUCAGUUCCUGAAGUUAAGGAAAGGGGCUACCUCUGCAACUCAAAAUAAUGGCAUUGCUGUGUAGGCCUCAGCCUGUUCUCCCAAAGACCUAGUUAGGAUCACAUACAAAGAUGGCUACAGUCAACCAGAGUCUAGACGUAAAUGAAAGAUCCUACUGUUAGAUUUGUGCCCUUUAGAACUUCCACAGCCAAAGAAGUCAUCCUAACUCCAAAGUCUCAAAAGACAAGCUGGCUUUCUUGUUAGUGUCUACAACAUAAAUGAUGAAUUCAGAUGAAGCCAAUAUUCAAUGUUCAUUUACAAGCUAAAACUCCUAGCACUCUUAAGAAUAUACUAAAUCUACUCUGUCUAUAGUCUAUAAAUAGAACAGUCAAGUCAAUUUUCAAUGUAGUAUAAUGAAUAUUUUAAGCCAAAUGUUGGGACCUAUUGCUCAGGGGGAAACAAGGUUUCUUUCAAAAUUAUACUGUUCAUUGACAAUGCACUUAUCAUCGAAGAGCUCAGAAGGAGAAGUAUGAAGAAACAAAGAUGUUUUUAUAUUUACUCAAGUCCCAAAACCACUCCAUGUCCAAUAGAUUAUGAGUAACUUCAGUUUUCAAGCCUUACUAUUUAAUAACUGCCCUGUAUAAGACCAUUGCUGACACAGAAAUGGGGUCUUCUGGGGGCUUGAAAAAUAAGUCAGAGGCAUCCUGGAAAGAACUCACCACAGCUAAAGCUAGUAAAAUCAUCCAUGAUUCCUGCAAAGAGGUCAGGAUAUCAAAGUUAACAUUCAUCUGGAAGAAGUUGACUUCAACCCUCAUGCAUAAUUUCAGCAGUUUUUAAGGCUUUGGUGGAGGAAGUACCUACAGAUAUGGUAGAACCACAAAGGAAAUAGAAUCAGAGAUGAAACUUGAAGAUGUAACUCAGUUACACCUCAUGGUAUCACUACCAGAUGAACAAUUGCUUCUUAUGGGUGAGCAAUGAAGAGUGGUUUCUUCGGAUGAAAUAGCCUCCUGGAGAAAGGUGCUGUGAGCUGAGAUGAGGUGAUAAUCAAGGGUUUAUUGUUAAGUUAUUUGGUAAGUUAGCAGCAGGAUUAGAGAUGACUACAAAUUUGAAGGAAGAUGCACUGUUCAUUCAAAGCUACCAAAUAGCAUCACGUGCUGCAGAGAAGCCCAUCAUGAAGAGAACUUUCAACUCAUACAGCAUUAUUGUUAAGUUAUUUGGUAAGUUAGCAGCAGGAUUAGAGAUGACUACAAAUUUGAAGGAAGAUGCACUGUUCAUUAAAAGCUACCAAACAGCAUCACGUACUGCAGAGAAGCCCAUCAUGAAGAGAACUUUCAACUCAUACAGCCGGCUUCACUGUCCUUUUAAGGAACAAACAGCUACCCAGCUUCAGCAACCACUAGCCUAAUUGCUGAGCAACACUCACCCCACCACCACCAUAAAGAUUUGGACCCGCUGAAGGCUUGGGUGCUAGUCACUAUUUGUUAGCAAUAAAAUAUUUUUAAUAUGGGUGUGUGUAUUGCUUUGAAGACACUUAAUAAACUGUAGUACAGUAUAAACAUAACUUUAAUGUGCACUGGAAAACCAAAAAGUAUUCCUGUGAUUCUCUUGUGAAAUUUGUCUUACAAGAAAGACAAGCAGUUUCACUGGGGACAUGGAAGAAGUGUUACUGAUAUGGGCAGAAGAUCAAACCCAUGCCAUCUCUAAGAUAGACCUGUGAAAACAAAAUAACAAUUGUAGCAUUAUUGUUGACUAGAUAGCUUUGUGAAGAUGCCUGCCAUGAAGAUUCCAAACAAAAUCUGGCUAUGUAGUAAAGAAAUAUUCUAGAAAGGAUAUCUAAAAUGAGUAGCAGAUCAGUCCUUUUAGGUUCAUUUUUUUUUUUUUUUUUAUGUUUUAGGUAGGUAUAAAGUGACCAGUUGUAUCUCCAACAAUGAAAACAGUAGAUGAAUUUUAUUCAUUAAUUUGAUUAUUUAAACAAAAUCAAAGGUGUUCAACAUAUCCUGGUAGCUAAGGUCUCCUUAGUUAUUACUAACCUCACCUAAAAACCACUUGGCUUUAGUCACUGGUGUGAUGAACGUUGUUCCAACUGUGGAAUAAAAGGUGAGAAACCAGAUAUUCCCAGGGACUUUAUAUCAGUAAUAAAAUACCAGAAUUUGACCAUAUAAAACAGACUUUUUUAAAGGGGGAAAUAAAAUUUGAUUUCUUUCUAUAGAUAUACAUAUGCUUAAAUGUAAUAGCCAAUUUUUUACAUUUUAUAAACUUUAAAUAAUUUAUUCUUUUAAAAAAGUUAUAUAACUAAUGGAAAAAGUAAGUAAGGAGGCAUUGUCUUUUACCCAAGUACAGAUUUUUAUGAAGUGUAAAAACAGUCAAUAAAUAAUUCAAAUGUGCCAUAGUCUACUGCAAGUGACCUUAACAUUUGUAUUUCUAUGUGGGUCCUUUUGUGUGCUUUUAAACUGUUUGCUGAAUACUGGGGAUAGAUGAUGAGACCUUUAUGUCACUUUAAAAGGGAACCUAAAACAUUCAAUCUAAUAUCAUAAUUAUGAUUCAGUGAAAUUCCAAAAUGACACUGAAAAAUUUGAUAAAUAACCAAAAGAAAUGUCUUACAGUAUAAGUUAUGGGAUCUGUGCUUGUUAUUGGGAAACUUAAUACGAGUGAGCAGUGGCUUUUAUUAUAUCAAAUAUCUACAUUAGAAAUGUGUUGAUCUGACUGAACAUGGUCUACAGUGAGCUUUUAAGGCUAGACUUGUUUGGAAUGACUUGCUUGGCUUAGGCAAAGAUAAUCUUAGGAAGAUAUGAACCCUUCCGGGGUUCUUGGCUGUUCUAGUGAGAGGCUCCUUGCCUAGCAUGAAGUAUUAGCAGAGUGUUAACAGUACACAGACUUUAUUUUUCUUCUGCAAAUGUGAUUAGUCUCUACUGCUCUACAGCUGUAAUUCACAAUGCCAAAGUCUCUGGGAUUUGAGAAUGUUGUUUGAAAAUGCACUACACAUUCCUAAGGAAAAAUGGGAGAGGCAAGUCUGUUGAAGUGGAAUACUCAUCUUUGCACUAAUGUAGAUCCACCAUGUGCCUCCUAUGUUCUAUAAAUAUUACCUGACCAUUUCUGUCCACACCAUCUCUCUUUGAGUUGUGUAUGGCUUCCUCUAAGGUAUAGCACAAACAUAUACAUCUAAAAUAGAUGAAGGAUUUUACUGUUUUUAUGUAGUGUCAUAAUAACAAAUGAAUAUAUCAUAGAUGUUUAAAGUUCACUGAUGUAUAUUAGAAGAAAACAAUAUUUGAUGUAAAAUUUUGGAUUAUGGUUAUUUAAAAACUAACAUUUUCUAUGGCUAAAUUGUUUUUA